AUGCAGGUAAACGUGAUCUCAGUCAAUAUUCUAGUCGACCUGUUUGCAGGCGUAGUAGCAAAACCAUAUCUAUACGAAGAGUCACUCAAGCAGGUCAGAUUGGAUAAAUCGGGAAGUUAUCACACAGGUGUAUCGCAGCAUCUCAAAGCUUCAUUUGAAGUAGCUUUUAUGAUAGCAACGCAAAAGAAACCUCAUACCAGCGGUGAAGAAUUAAUAAAACCAUGUGUCCUAAAAGCUACGCAGAUAGUUUUAGGAGAAGAUGCAGAGAAAAAAAUGAAGUCAAGUAGAAUAAAUUUCAUUGCAGCAGACAUAAAGCCACAAAUAAUUAACAAAGUAGAAUUAUCGCCAUUGCCAUUAGAUGAAUCCACCGACAUCGUUAAUUGUGCACAGUUGAUAGUUUAUGUAUGCUACAUCGGCGGAGAUAUCAUUCAAGAAGAGGUUCUGUACUCCCAAUCUUUGACAGGAGGUACUACGUCUGAAGAUAUAUUUAAUUCAGUAUAA